AAAACCAAGAUUUCCGCCACCGUAUUCGGCUAAUGGAGCCGCCAUUUCCGCCUACCUCCGCCGCGACACACUCCCUCGUUGAUGCACCGCCUUUCCCUCCGCCGCCUGCUUUCGCCACCAAGCUCCGUCUUAUGUGCAGCUACGGUGGGCAUAUAGUUCCCCGCCCCCAAACCAAUACCCUCUUCUAUGCCGGCGGUGAAACUCGUAUAAUCGCCGUGGACCGCCUCACAACCGCCUUCUCACUUGCUUCCCUUACGGCCCAUCUUUCCCGCACUCUCUAUAACAAUCGCCCCUUCCUCCUCAAGUACCAGCUCCCCGACGAGGGCCUCGACUCGCUCAUCUCCGUUACUACCGAUGAGGACCUCCAGAACAUGCUCGAAGAGCACGAUCGCAUCGCCUCAUCUAUUUCGCCUAAUCCUUCCCGCAUCCGAUUGUUUCUCUUCCCCGUCAAGCCCGAAUCGCUCGGGUCCGGAUUCCUCGACCCGAAAGCGGAAUCGUGGUUCUCCGAUGCGUUGAGCAAUACUCGGAUUGAGAGGAGAGUUCAGUCCACUGAUUCGAACCUACCUCGUGCAUUGAUAGGCCUUGAUUUUGCUGGUGGCUUUGAUUCCGUUUCCGGCGAGUCCCUGGUCUUGGAGACAAGUUCUUCAUUUGGUUCUACGAGUUCCUUUAUUUCUAUGUCGAGUUUGCCGGCGUUUGGGGUUCACGGUGAGGAUGGGACUGCCAAUUUGCAGGAUAAGAAGGUUAGAGUGCCCUCUUCAGCUUCAAUUGAAAGCGAUAACAGUGUUGGAAGUGUUGCAUCUCAACCCAAACCUGCAAUCUGCCAAGACUCAUUUGCCCAAGUUUCUGGAAUGGCCCCAAGCUGCUGCACUGUUGAACCAGAAAGUCCUAUGGCUAACCCAUCAACUAUGAUUCAGCCGCAGAAAAUGGUUCAGGUUUCAGCUUAUGAAUUCCCGCAACAGUCUGAUGGGAAGCUGUACAAACCCGGAAUGCAAUAUGUCCAUGGAGGUCCUUACUACGUACCUCAAUAUCCUACAACCACAUCGCAAUUAUCAUCUUGUUAUCCACUGUACCACGUUCCUGUGCUACCGCAGCAGCAGCAGCAAAGCCCGUAUCAUGUAAAUCAACCAUACCCGAUUUAUUUGGUACCCGUGGUUCCAAAUCAAUCUCUAAAUAUGCCAAUGCAGUGUAGCGUAAAUGAUGCUACAGAUAUUGCUUCGAUUCUGCCCCCGUUGCAUCUGCAUGGAGCUGUGAUCCCUCCACCAGUGCUUCAUAAGGAGACCUUGGCAGCUAAACAUGUACCCGAGCCAGCAGCAAAUAUGCAGAGUAAUCUCCCCGUAUCAGCUGCUCCAGCUAGUGCACCUUCUACCAAGGGUCAGCAAUCGUUUGUUGGGCCUCUUGAGCCAAAGCCUGUUGGUGCAACAUCAAUUGAUACUGUUAAUUAUUGUAAUGAAUUUGACGAUGAUCUUUCAUACAGUCAGAUAUAUAAAACUCAGCCUCCUGCUCCAUCAUUUAUAUCUCAGUGCCAAACCAUUACAAAGGGGGCAACAGUACAGUUAUCUGAGUCCUCAAUGCAGCAAACCCCGAAUGAUGUAACAGCCCAGGUCUCAUCCCUUCUACAACAAUCUUGAAAUACUGUUUAUAGAAUUGCAAAAUUUUGGCAAGUUUUUCUUCUUUUUCAAGUUUGCAGUCUUCAUAUGUUGGUCUGUUGUUUUUUUAUUUUUUAUUUCCCCUACUUUCUAUAUUUGUUUAUUUAUUUGUUCUUUCUCUGCCCAUUCCCUGCCUACUUCCGGUGAGGAAAAGCUUAACAGUGUAAAAGGUCAUUCGUUUUAUAUAUCUUGGAAAUGUGGAACUUUCAAGUUACCAUGGAAAUUUUGUAACCUGUCUUGUGAAUUUUGUAUUGAGUAUGAAGUUCUUGUAAACUUCAAAGAAUGUUGGGGAUUUAUAGUCAUUAGUGUGGAUUUGCAUGCUCUUGUUAUUCUUACUGGAAGUGAUUAGUACAUGAAAGAAGCCAAGAAGGCAUUUUAAGUA